AUGACCGCUCCCAUCGCCCAACAGACGGUGUCCGUCAAGGACGUCACUGCCGCUCGCAAGCGUAGGAGACGUACACCCGCCGGUGGCGCCUCCGACGACUGCUUCACCUGCUCCAAGCGAAAUAUCAAGUGCGACCGCCGGCGGCCGUACUGCUCCCAAUGUCUCGAGAUUGGCAACGAGUGCUCCGGUUACAAGACUCAGCUCACGUGGGGUGUUGGUGUUGCAAGCCGGGGCAAACUUCGUGGCCUGUCUUUGCCUAUCGCAAAGUCUCCCCCAGUCUCUCGCGAGCCUAAAAAGACCCCCACCGGUCGAGCCCGGGCUCACUCGACCGUCCCCGUCAUGUCCGGCCACUGGACCGAGCACGAAGAGUUGCGAGGCUCGCACUGCGGCCCAAUCGAUAUCCCAACCGCCUCUCAUGUGGCCGCUUUGGCAACCUCAUCCCCCUAUCCAGGACCGGGCUAUGAUUACUUGUCUAUGUCACAUCCGGAGACUUCCGCCUCCCUACCGCAGGGCCACUGGGGCCAUGUCCAGUACUCAUCAGACAUGAUGCACUCGCCGGGCGAAACUCCCAAGUACUCCAAGUUUCCGGUGCCUCUAAUGACGGACAGUCUCUCCUCGUCUGUGGACUCGGUCAGCGACGUCGACUACCUCUCGCCCCUGAGCCAAUCCUACCCGCGCGAGGAGAUGCCGUUUGGUGGCGGCAAUCCGACAGUCAUGUAUGACGGCUAUCCGGCCGGUCAGAGCUCCCCUGCCCCGCAAAGUCCUCCUUCGGCUCUCGUGCUCGACUAUAGCCGCGCACAAACGUCGUGUCCGGGUCUCAUCUAUGCCCCCUCUGAGCCGAGUUCAAGCCUGACGUCUCACCUGGACCAUUUUGAACCUCACCUGGGCCAUAGACUGAUGCGGGAUUGUGACGGCCUCAGUGUCCCUCAGGUUGACGCAUACGGCCCUUGCUCUAAACCUGCUGGCCAGAUAUGGACGCCGUCGCCGAGUGGUCGGGAGGACGAGCUACCGUCACCGCGGGCUGGACAGCACGCACCGGCCCAGUGGGCUGCUUUUCGUGGGCCCGAGUCUCUGCGCGGCAGUCAAGACAUCAUAGCCAGGAUGCCCUUCUUCAUGGAUUACUACAGGAACACCAUGGCUCCUUCUUUGGUCUACAUCGACGGGCCACACAACCCCUUUCGGGGCCACGUGCUCGGGCUCGCCGUCAACAGCCAGAGCCUACAACAUGCAAUUUGCGCUCUUUCAGCUUGCAAUCUUCGUAUGAAACGCAAGCUCAGUCUCGGUCAAGAUCCACAAGAGCUGUGGGAGAAGCUCACCGCCGAUGGCUCGGGUGAUUGUGAACCAGACGACCCUUCACUGGCUGAAGAAUUCCAUCACCGGAACCUAGCCGUCCAACUCCUCAACGAGCAGCUGAACGAUGCUGAGAAAUCCAUGCAUGAUUCAGUUCUGGCUACGAUUCUUCUCUUGUGUCAUUAUCGCAUGGUGGAGUCGGGAGUUGCCAAGUUCCAUACCCAAUUCGCAGGCGUCAAGAAGAUUCUCUCCAUGCGGUCCGAACGCUUCGGUCCUUCGAGAGACUCGGCUUGGAUCGAGACGCUCUUUACCUACUUUGAUGCCAUUUCGGCCAGCAUCAACGAUCGAGAAGCCCAGUUAACCCCGGAGCCCGAAGAUCACGCUGCUCUCCCGCCCGGUGCCGAGAACAUGGUCGGCUGCGAAAGAGGACUCUUCCGAACGAUGAGAAAGCUCGGCCGGCUAAAUCUCUUGUCCCAGCAUCGGCCUGUACAGAACAUGACUGCAUCCGCUCGCCGUAGCCCUGAAGCUCCCUCAGGCGGUAACCCCGGAUCGCCGUUCGACCCACUCGGUGAUGGCAGAAUGCACAGCCUGGGGCCGGGAGACAUUUACCAGGCUCCCAGCCAUCGGUUUGACGGCAACGGAUUCAGGACGACGUUGGACGACGAUGAGAUUCUAGCAUCAGCCAUGUGCACGUCGACAGCCUUGGAUGAUCGCCGGGCCCUGUUCUGGCGAGAAUGGAAGGAGGCUCGACUGGCCCUGCAAAAUUGGCAGUUCGACGCCGCAGCCGUGGCAGGGUCGUUGCCAGGGUCGCCGAGUCCCGGGCAGGUACGUGACCUGGGAUCCUUGUCGGAAGCUUUCCGGUACGCCGCGUUGCUGUACACGGAGCGGCUGGCGGGCCCGAACAUGCCCUCGAGUCACACCAACUUCCAAAACCUGGUGAGCCAGGUGGUUUACUACGCGACGAGCCUUGAAGCGGGAAGUGCCGCCGAGAAGUUUCUUCUGUGGCCGCUGUUUGUUGCCGGGUCCGAGUGCGUCAACGAGCUGCAGCAGAACAUCGUUCGAACCAAGUGCCGAGAUAUCAUGAGCCGGUCAGGUUACAUGAAUAACCUUUCUGCGUUGAGUGUCUUGGAGAAGCUCUGGGCUGGCGACUUGCAAGACAGGCUCGAGACUCAGGGUCAGCAGCAAGGAGGCAAGACGACAGGUCAUCGGGCACCAUUCAACUGGGCCAAGUGCUUUGGGGGACCCGGGGUCGAGGCCGAGUGGAUCAUGUUUUGA